AUGCCGAUAAACCAUAGUCAGGAUGUAACGGUAACUGCUUCUUCAUUAACAUCAUCAAUUGACAUUACUGCUGCAGCAUCUGAACCUACACCAUCAGCAAUAAACACAAAUUCUGUCACAACGACGUCGAGUAAAAAACAAAAUCGAAUGGAUACAUUAUCAGAUUUAACUGUUCAAUUAAAUGAAGUUACUGAAGAUCGUGAUAAAUGGAGAGAUAAAUAUUUAGCAUUGGAAAAACGAUAUUCGGAAUUGAGUGAUGUAUCGAUGCUGAUUCCAACCAAUGAUAGCGUUUGCGAAUGGAUAAGUACGAUGUAUGAUGCCAUUCAGCGACCAGUAAAUUAUGAUGUUAAUUAUGAUGACGAAGCGAAGAAGCUAGGCAUUCCAUCAAAUUUAUUAAAAUAUUAUGUAAACCUAUCUAAACCACCAACAGUAACGGCUCGAAAACUAUUCCAGCAAAUAUGUCUUGAUGAACUAACCAAAGGUCUUCCAUGGUCGAAAAUUCCGGACAACAAAAUAGAAGCUCUACAUGCUUUCGGUGAGAAAUUAUUUGGACAUCUUAAAUGGGAUAGAAAAACUAUCAAAACUAGUUUACAAAAUUUAAUUCGUGGUGAACGUGCAAAUUUAAAACGUGAUCAGAAAAACGGUUGCCCAAAUGAACAAACUCUUGAUCAUAAUGGUUUGAUUGUAGCUGAAUCUGUUCCUGAACAUACUGAAAGUCAGCAUAAUUCUGUAGAUGAUGUUGAUAAUUUAAAUCAAUCGGAAUUUGAAGAUCGUGAUCAUAUGAACGAAGAGGAUUUGUACAAGACUAAUGAUACAGAUCAAUGUUCUCUUUUAUUCAAUCAUGAUAAUACAUUUUAUGAUACUUUAAUCAACGAAACAUGUUAUGAUUUAGAAAAAAAUACAUUAGAUUCAGAUGAAGAAACUGAUAUAGUGACAGACACUUUAGGUUCAACAGGUGAUGAAGAAAGUUUCGAUGAAAAUGAAACCGAUGUGGUGAUUGAAGAAGAUGGAAAUGAUAAUGAACAAAAAAAUGAAAUGUUCAAUGACCAAUUCCAGCGAGAUUAUGAUGAGACAGAUAUAUCUGUUUGUUUAUUAACUUUAAAAACAAAGCAUAAUUUAACAUUUGAAUGUUUAAAUGAUAUUCGAAAAUUGCUAAUUGUAUUAAAAGUACAAAAUGUACCGUCAUCCAUCUAUCAUAUUCGUAAAUUAAUUAAUACAAAAAGUAGAUCAACACCAUGUACAUUAUCUUCGACAGGAACGUCAUCAAUGAUCAUCUGUCAAAAAUGUGAACGUGUUUCAUUUUCAAAAACAAGCUGUUCACAUAUUGAUUGUGAGAAUCACGAGAAAUAUACAACUAAUCCUUAUAAUUAUAUUUAUUUUGAUAUUCGUGAUCAAUUACAACAAAUAUUUCGUCGGGAACAGCAUAUCAAUUGUUUUACACCAGAAAACAAACCUUUUAUCAAUACUUCUAUGCAUGAUAUAUACGAUGGUAAAAUUUAUCGUUCAUUGUUUAGUCAAAUCGAAACAAAUAAAACUAAUUAUAUAAUGACUUUAAUGAUGAACGUUGACGGUGUUGCCGUCGGGAAUAAUACUGAACAAUCACUAUGGAUAAUUACCUGCGUAAUAAACGAAAUAACAAGAAAACAAAGAUUUAAAAUUCAGAACGUUGUUGUUGGUGGUAUUUGUUCUUGCUAUAAAAAACCCAGUCGCGCAAUCAUGCAGAUUUUACUGGAACCAAUUGUUAAUCAAUUAUUAUUACUUGAACAACAACAUUUAUUUCAAAUCAAAGGAACCAAGAAUGAAUAUAAAUUGAUCCGUAUGUAUUUAAUUGGAGCGUGCAACGAUAAACCUGCCAAUAGUUUAGUUCAAAAUGCACCGGAACCUAUUGCUAAAUAUGGCUGCUCUCGGUGUGAAUUACGGGGCGAAACGGUGUUGUCAAAUUCAAAUGACCAGAUAGCACAGAAUAAAUCAUCGUCAACCGAAAAAAAAUCAAGAAAAGAUACACAUAAAAUUCGUGUUUUUCCGACGAAUGAAGACAAUCAAACUCAGUUACGUUCAACAGCACGAUGUCAAUUAAUCCUCAAUAAAUUUUCAAAACUAACACAUAAUAAACAAUGUUUGAAUGAUGAAAAAGAAUCAAAUUUACGAUUGGGCUAUUCUGGGAAAUGCAGUUUGACAGAUUUGACGUACUUUGAUCAUGGUUAUUCAUUCUUAAUGGACACGCUCCAUACCAUAUAUCAUGGAGCUUUUGUGAGUACUCUUUCUCAAUCCAUAUCUGCAUUAUAG